AGGCGUGUUUCGUGCCAUGCAUGGGUUGCCCUAAGGCCGGAUGUUAUUGCUUUUGUUACCGUCUAUAUUGGUUGCGCCAUGGUCCGGUCUCAUUUAUAAAGACCGUCCGAUAUCUGCGAGAAUCAAGAUAAUCCAAGCAUAUCGCACUUUUGAUCGUUUACCUUUUCUCCUGGUGCAUCUGGAUGCGACGCUUUUGCUUAGCCCGUCCUUAUAUGUCUCCCUGCAGUGGCCCAUCAGAAUUGUAAAGAAGCGACUACUUCGACCAAAGAAACCAACGUGGUACAUUCAUUUUGCCCACAGCCUAACGAGCAGCUGGGAUCCCAUUGGCUACCACAGGGAACUAUAAACCCUAAGCCUCCUUGCAAUGAGGUGCACGAAUUUGAAGACGGCGAUUCCGAAGAAUAUCCAGAUAGCGUCGCUCGGAAUCAUCUAUUUUGCUGCUUGCAUAGUUUGCGCCCUAGUCCUUCUUCAGCGUAUCCGGCGUCGACGGCUCAG